AUGCGUAACGGCGGUCGAAGCAAGGGUUGCCGAACAUGUAAACAGCGUCGAAUCAAAUGCGACGAACGGACACCGGUGUGCUUCCAGUGCGAAAAGAGCAAACGUCACUGUACAGGGCCCGAGUCACCUUUCAGGUACCAGUACGGCUCGACAGACCAACACAUCCAACUUCUUCGAGCACUGCAGACGGUAUCCAUCUCGAGGACCAAUCAGAACGAUGAUGAUGGCGCCAUCUUACCGUCCAACUCCAGCAUCGUCUCACAGCAGAUCCGGGGAUCUUCUUCUGACCAUGGCCACCACGGCGCGGGGAAAUCCUCGACGACUAUGAUACCCCCUACAGUCCCACUCAGCCAAGCGGCGAGGCUGGCAGCGUCUCUGGCGGAAGCGCUAGACUGGCCGAGCGAAUUCGGACACCGCCUGCAACAGAUGGGUGCCCAUUACCGUCACCUGCCAUAUCGACUGGGGCAUAGCAAGGCACUCGAUGCGGCCGUCACCUGUGUGCUUGCGUCGUACAACCUCGUCUCCCACGGUCUGCCACACGACGAAUUCGUCGAGCUCGCAAACUACGGCGUCGCCAUCAGGGCACUGCGCGAGGAACUGUCGUUGGCCGAUCACCCUGCGACCACGUCUUCCGAGACACUCUGCGCGGCCCUGAUCAUCGCGCAAUACGAACUUCUCAAGCCGGGCCAGAGCAGCUAUUCGUACGUGACGCUCGCCGGUGGUGUGUCCGCCAUCUUCAGAGGCAGUGGGCCCGGCCGCAUCCAGUCGGAUUUCGAACUGGCCAUCUUCUCGUCGCAGUACCCGGCCAUCAUCACGCAGGCGCUCCUCCGCGGGGAAGACUGCUUUCUCGGCGACCCCGACUGGGCCGGUGUCAUGCGUCGAGGCGUCCCCUCUGACACGCCCGUACUCACCGAGUCAUGGACCGCGAUCGCCCGACUGCCGAAUCUCUUGAUCCGCAUGCGAUCCAUCAUGUCGUCCGAGCCCGGAAUCUGCGACACCUCUUCGCCGCUGUAUCCGUCCAUUCUCCGCGACGCGUAUGCCCUUCGCAAGGAGAUCGUAAAGCAUUCCGACACCGUCACCCGACUCCUGUCCCACCCUGGCGUCCACGAAGUAUGUGCGAACGUGUACAAGGGGCCCUUGCCGCCGACGCAGGAGUGGAAUCCCACGACCAAGAACGAAUCGUUGUUCCCCCACCGGAUCGUCAAACAGACGUCGAUGUAUCACGCGUGGGUCAUCACUGUCAACGUCGUUCUCUCACGCCUGCUGCCUGACGAGAACGCGGCCUUGACGCUACAGACGGCGCAGGCGGCACGGCACAUCAUGGCGACUCUCGAUUUUGUGUCCGCCACCAAACCUUUUGGGGCCAUGUACAUGACAUAUGCGGGACCGAUGGUGUACGGUGUGAGUGGAGCGAGUGAAAGGAUGACUCUCCUCGAGAAGAUGACGGAUUUGUUUCGCCAUUUCCGGAUGCAUUUCGACCACGCUUCAAUGAUGACCGUAUUCGAAGCGGUCACAGGUGGACCAGUGUUGACCGGGUCGGCGAGUGUGUUCGCAAAGGGCUCAGGAACAAAUUCGACCUCAUCGCCGGCAUCUUCGAUCUCGACUGGACAGUAG